AUGACUUGGAGGGCUGUCAGUCGACUAGAUAUCUCGGUUCUCGCGGUCAGUACUCCUCCUCCUCCUCCUCUUCCUCCUCUUCCUCCUCCUCCACGGCCCCAACGAUGGCCGCUCUGGCGGCCUUCACGCAUAUCAACACGACACCCAACCCUGACACAACAACAGACACCACCGCUGCAACCUCCGACUCCAGAGGUGAGGACCAGGACUACACCUGCCCUCACUGAGACCGCACCUUCACCUCACGCAUCGGUCUGGUCGGUCACUUGCGAAUCCAUCGCACAGAGGCUGACCAACCAGCGCCUGGAGCACCAACCUACACUCGCCGCACUUGCCUCCACUUGCCCCCGCACUUUCACGCAUCGCAUGGGCCUAUUCGGCCACACGCGCAUCCAUGAGGGCGGAAUUGGCCGCACUCCCGACACACCCACCACGCCCAGCCCCACCCUCACUUCAUCGCCCUGUGCGCCCACCACCAUCUCCGCAACUGACACCGACACCGCCGAUUUCUCGUGCCCACACUGUCCAUGCACAUUCAUCUCACGCAUCGACCUGGUCGGUCCCAAGCGAAUCCAUCGCACAAAGACUGACAAACCAGUGCUUGGAGCACCCAUCUACACCCAUCGUACUCGCCUCCAAUGUCCUCGCUGCCCCCGCACUUUCACGCAUCGCAUGGGCCUACUCGGCCACAUGCACAUUCACGAACACCUGCGGUAG